AUGCUACAGCUAGUUGUGACCGUCGUCAUUUUCAUGUUCCUGACAACGAGGGUCGUCGUCAUGGGCGACAGUUCAUCAUGCACAGGUGGCGAAAUCAGCGACGACGGGACCCACUCGUCGUACGUGGCGCACGUGCUGUCGGAGCUGACGGCGGUUACGCCCACCAACCCUACGCUUGAUGACGGCACGGUGUUCCCAGGCAACGGCGUCACUGGCUCCGUCGUGGGGAUGGCGUCCUGCUCCGAUCCUAACGACCGCGACCUCUGCGCACGCUGCCUUUUGGGCCUCCACCAGUUGGUUUUCGGUUCCUGCAGCACCCGGGCCGGCGGCUACGCUAACUCCGACGCUUGCGCCAUCGGUUUCGGGACGCCUUAA